GCGAUUGUGUCAAAGUGUCGUUGCACUGUUCAUUCGAUCCAUCCUCCCAUCCAUAAACUAACAGACUCCAACGUAAACGCUUGCAGGUGUUGAAUGCAACCGGUCUGCCGUGCUCCAUGUUAGAGACUCGGAUACCCCACGGUAUACCAUCCUUACAUCCUGUUGCAGUAGAUUUAUGGAAUUCCAGUGCAAAUUCAAGCCUUGCUAUUCGAUUCCAUACUGUGUCCAUCCAAUAUCAUGGUUGAACAUAGUGCGCCUGCAGUUUCGUCGAAGAAGACUCGGGUAGAACCUGUAAACAAUGCGGCAUCGGAAAAUAGAAAAUUACGAAACCGUCUCUCGCAGAAAGCCUUCCGCGCGCGUCAAUCAUUGUACAUCAAAGAUCUUGAGAAAAAGCUUGAAUGGGCCUCGAAGCCCGAAUCAGAUCAGAAUGCCAAGCUGGAAGAGACAAACAGUGUACUGCGCGGCCAAUUACUCGAUUGUCACAAGAAACUAGAGAGCUUCCAAGUGACGUUAAAAGCUCUCGCGGAUUCGGUGGCGUAUUCUUUGGGGAUCGAGAAGACUCCUGUGGAUAUUGAUCCCACAACUCACAACAACGAUGAUAGCGAUGAUGCCGAAGCUGAAGGACCACCUGCGCAAGACGAAGGCAAAAAUGAAGAACUUAAACAGAGUGAAUGGAGUCCUGAUAAUGAGCCAUCAUUGAGCUCUAACUUCUACGAUUUCUCCGAGAUACCUACCACGAGUGUUCCAUCACAGAGUAUACAAACUACUCUCCGUCUCUCCCCGAAACCGCAAGCACCUCAGUCAAACAUUCACGGCAAAAGCAAUAUCGAAACCGGGACCCUCGUCACUAGCAUUUUGCCACGAUUACCUUCGAACGAUUUGCCUCAUUUCUCUUCACGUGAAGUCUAUAACCCAACACAUUUGACCAUCUCUAGCACAUAUGAACAAAUGAUGGGAACAGUCCAGUAUAAUAGUUACCUUGGAAAUGAAUCUUUGAUUGCUCAAGAACAAACUUUGCAGAUCAACCAUACAAACUCGCCCUUUUCAGAUCACAUUACCGUUUUCGAGAAUGUCUUGAGGCAAAAACUGAGCAAAUCAACAGCACUGAUUCGAAGUAAUGAAAGCGUUUUGAAUUCGGCAUAUAUUAUGCUAUCUACUUUCAUCUGUGCAUCAUGGCCUGCGAUGGCAACCUGGCAUUGUGCUACUAAAGCUCAUGUACCCAUUACUAAGGUCAUCACAUACCAUGUCAACCCAACAGCUGCUACAUACGCUGACCUUGUCACAAACGGAGCAUGGGUACCAACGAAAAUACAAAUGUCCAUUCCCCACCCAGCAAUAAUAGAUUGGGUACCAUUCCCAUCAUUACGAGACAAACUUAUCGUUUGCUACUCAGCUAAUCCAUGUCUGGAUCAAAUUAUUUGUGAAAUUGGAACUAGUUAUGUAGUGGAAGCUGACGUUUCAAAACUCGUUAUGGGAGCUGGUGCUGCAACGGGUAAUAUAGGUGUCUGGGAUUUAGUUCGAUCAAUGUCAGGAGGAACGAAGGAAUCGGCAUUUGCAAGCGAAGAUAAUAUUUCAUGGGACGAGAUUUGUAGAGCUAGCUUCGAGCUCAACAAGCAAAUGCGAGGGGGAAAUGUCUUGCAGGAUAUCACUAUGGAACCGCUUGCACCAUUGCCAGCACCGAAUGUCGCGGCUUUAUUCAACUCGAAGCAAAUGGCACUUUCAACUUUUGUGGCUCUGGGAAUGAAUCAAGGCGUGGCACAAUACAAAUUGGAUCCAGCGUUUUUUGAAAGACAUCCAGAACUUUAUGAUGGUAGUGCUGGGAUAGUAGCAAACGGUGCACGAUUAAGGCCAUCUGAUCACUUUCCAAUGCCACGGCCGAGAAUAUUGAACGAAGGAGUUUUGAAUUGCUAUAGGAAUUUGGCUGCAUGGGCAUUGGAUACGGGGAUAUGAGGGGGCUUGGGGAUUAGGCGAAACGGGUAAGGGAGAUAAGUUUCGUGGUGGUACAUCCAUCAUACAUAAUUCGGAUAGGUUUUGGGAGUGAAAGUUUUCGGAUGAAUGAGGACUCAAUGACUCAAAUUUGCUGGAAUGUUUACAGGGUUUAGGUAGGAUAUACCAGGCGAAAGGGGUGAUUUUUUAUAUACAGUAUGCGCGGUGGAAACUCCAGAGAUGGAAUCUGUAGCAUCGUAUAUUCUUUUGGGUUAGACGAAUAGACUAUUGAUCA